UAUUGCAUCUUGUUUGUGCUUCCUUUCGUCCAUAAAUGUAAACACACUUUUUGUUGCAUCUCAGCCGAUUCGUAUAACUUCUUCCUUCGUUUAUCAAUGUCGCUUAUUAUAUAUGUGUGUGCGCGGAUGCUAGGGUUUCCAUUUCAUGUGUGUAUGUGCUAGCUGUGCAGAAUAUAUCUCAAGCAAUAAAAAAAUUACAUUUAGAAGUUCAGCUUUUGCUGCACAGUAUACAAUUAUACAGAAUUAACAACCAGAUGCCUCUAAAUGAGCCAAAAAACCUACGAGGGAUGUAUAACAUAUCGUGAUAUGUAUUUAAUAGGGUUCUCAUUUUUUGUUUUAGCUCAUAACAGAGUUGAAGUAACUUUAGCUGCCCAGAGUAGCUAGAAAACCUUUGAAACUAAAAGGUUAUGCAAUUUUGGUGAAUUGAAAAUCAGAUACCUUCUAAUUGAAGAGAAUAAAUCAUAUGGGAGGGUAUUGUUCAAGUGCUUAUUGUCAUCAACGUUGCGUCAAUAAGGAUGUGGUCAGGCUCCUAUUUUAUUAUUGAGGUUGUUUCUGCUAUAUCAGAUUGAUUUGAGCCGGCAAAGUUCAAGGAUCAAACCUUAGCCCAAACUUAUUAGCUUCUCAAGUUUGAUACUUGGCUGCUGAAGAAGAUCUCUAACAGGUGAAACAAAUUGGUUGCCGACCUGGGGAUUUUAUUAAAUCUCAGGACUCAGGUCUAUGAAUAGUGAAAGCCCAAAUAAACUGGCUGGAUUCAAGGGCACAGAACAACGGAAAUUUGUGGUGAAUUGUAGCAUUUGCUACAAUGAGCGGGGAUGAAUUUAGGUUCUUCUUGUCCUGUGACAUUAAUUCACCAGUUGCAUAUCGAGUGGAUAGACUAGAAGGCAAUCUAUCCUGUAAAUCUUCACCAGAAGGUGAAAAUGGCUUGGAGAAUCACACUCCGGAACUUUAUGUUGAAUGUGCUUUGUACCUUGAUGGUGUUCUAUCUGGGCUUCCUACAAGAACAAAGUUGGAAUCUACAGAGAAACCAAAUUACUGGAAUGCAUACAGUACAUUAACUGCAAAAUACAGGGAUUUGACUCCUUAUGCACAGCUUGCUUUCACUGUUUGGGAUGUAUCUUCUUCCAAGAAGGAUGUGGUGGUUGGAGGUGCAACUUUACGUCUUUUCAAUAGCAAGAAACAUCUUAAAACAGGACAGCAGAAACUUAGGCUCUGUCCUGGAAGAGAAGCUGAUGGUUCAGUUGAUAGUACUACUCCAGGAAAGGUACCUAAGCAUGAAUGUGGAGAGAUUGAGCGCUUGGAGAAGCUAGAAAAUAAGUAUGAGAGGGGCCAGAUUCAACGCAUCAAAUGGCUUGAUGAACUCACAUUCAAAGCUAUUAGGGAAAUAAAAGAUAGAGAACAACAACGCAUUGGGAUGUCUCAUCUACAUCUUAUUGUCCAUCUUUGGCCUUUUGAGCACCCAGUUUUUUUUCAGGAACUAGGAGCUAAUUAUCUCUUGCCAUCUCCAAUUUCUUCAUCAAAUGAGCUCGUUCUUGUAUGGGAUCCGGAAGUGGGUCGAACUAAUCCUUGUGAAAAUAAGCAAGUGAAACUAGCCAGAAGUUUAACAAGGGGUGUAAUUGACCGUGAGUUGAAACCCAGUUCCGAUGAAAGGAAGAAAAUAUCGAAGAUAUUGAAGCACCCUCCUACAUGUACAUUAAAUGGAGAUGAACGGCAACUUCUUUGGAAAUUUCGGUAUUAUUUGGUGUCUGAUAAAAGGGCUUUGACAAAGUUUCUUCGCUGUGUUGAAUGGAGUGAUGCUCAGGAAGCCAAGCAGGCAUUGGAUUUGAUGCGACAGUGGGAACCAAUUGACACUGCAGAUGCAUUAGAGCUCCUGUCUCCUGUAUUUGACAAUGAAGAAGUACGUGCCUAUGCAGUAAAGGUUCUUGAACGGGCAGAGGAUGAAGAGCUGCAGUGCUACUUACUUCAACUUGUGCAAGCCCUCCGAUUUGAGCGUUCUGAUAAAUCACGGCUUGCCUAUUUUCUCGUUCACCGUUCUGUGCAUAAUAUUGAUCUUGCAAGUUUCCUUCGUUGGUAUGUUAUGGUGGAGCUACAAGAUCCUAUAUAUGCAAAACGGUUCCUCUCUACUUGUGAAAUUUUGGAAGACCAUAUUUCAAAGUUUAAGCCUGAGGGGAGAGAGGAUGAUUAUGGUGUCAAGCUGUGGCAUAGUUUAGUGCAUCAGACAGAAUUAACUGCAAAGUUGUGCAGAAUCAUGAAGGAUGUUAAAAAUGCCCGAGGUGGGACUCAGAAGAAAAUUGAUAAGUUGAGAGAGUUACUUGGAGGUCUUCUUAUUGAGCUUACCUACUUUGAAAAGCCUAUACGGUUACCUUUGGAACCUAAAGUUUUACUUACUGGAAUAAUACCAUCAGAAUCAUCUUUAUUCAAGAGUGCUCUACAUCCUCUACGCCUGACUUUCCAAACUUCAGAUGGUGGAAAACGGAAAGUGAUGUUCAAAAAGGGCGAUGACAUCAGACAAGAUCAACUGGUCAUUCAAAUGGUCUCACUAAUGGAUCGGCUCUUAAAGCUGGAAAAUCUUGAUCUACAGUUAACUCCAUACAGAGUGCUGGCAACAGGUCAAGAUGAAGGAAUGCUGGAGUUCAUACCAUCAAUUUCCUUAGCACAAAUUCUAUCAGAGCAUCGGAGUAUCAUAAAUUAUCUGCAGCAAUACCACCCUGAUGAAAAUGGACCCUUUGGCAUUACAGCAACAUGUCUUGAAACUUUUAUAAAAAGCUGUGCUGGUUACUGUGUUAUUACAUACAUCCUUGGUGUUGGUGACAGGCAUCUUGAUAACCUUCUUCUAAGGGAUGAUGGGCGCCUUUUCCAUGUUGAUUUUGGAUACAUUCUUGGACGUGACCCCAAACAUUUUCCACCACCCAUGAAGCUGUGCAAGGAAAUGGUAGAAGCAAUGGGUGGAGCAGAAAGCCAAUACUAUGGAAAAUUCAAAUCAUAUUGCUGCGAGGCGUACAAUAUUCUCAGGAAAUCUAGUAACCUUAUCCUCAAUCUAUUCUACUUAAUGGCUGGAGCAGGCAUUCCUGAUAUCGCUUCUGAUCCAGAGAGAGGAAUUCUCAAGCUCCAAGAAAAGUUCCGUUUGGACCUUGAUGACGAGGCCUCAAUCCAAUUCUUUCAGGCUCUCAUAAAUGAUAGUGUCAGCGCAUUGUUCCCACAAAUGGUGGAGACAAUACAUCGAUGGGCUCAGUACUGGCGAUGAGGAUAAAGCCCUAUAUUGUAAUCAUAGAAACUUCACCUCUCUAACAAAUAUUGCCUUCCAUUUGAUUAUAAUUAGAGAUGGUCUUGUACGUAAAUCCCAAUAUUAAUGGUCCCGGCGUCGAUUGGAGGCUUGCAUUAUCCUAUUGCUUGCGUCCAUCUAGAAUACACAUUUGAUUAUAUUUAUUAAUUAAAAAUUAGAAUACAGUUUAUUUUUUAUUUUCAUUUAAUUAAUAAAUAUAGUCAAAUUUCAUCCUGAUGUUUA